AUGACGAAGAACGACACGUCAGACGUCUCUUGUGACGAUAAAGAGCUCCCAUCGAUAGAAAAGUCAAUUGGCGAAUGCAAUGAUGGAAAAGAUGAAUUUAUAAGCUCCCACGAAUCAUCACUCGUUGAACGUCGUUCUAGUCCACCCCGAUCUCAAGAACACACAUCUGAUAUGUCUGAAUGUGUCUCUUCAAGCAAUGAAGAUGAUAAUGGAUCAGUGAACUCAUCUGAUGAUGCAGAUAGCACAACUGAACAAGACAUCGAAAAAUGGGGCACCCAAAUGGCUCAAAUCGAAAUUGGCUCCCACGACAAGGUACUCAUUGUCCAUGCCAACCUUUUGAAAGAGAAGUUUCCUUUUUUCGCAAAUAUCUUUAAUUCUAGUCGAUUGAAUUUCUAUGAGAGGUAUCCUGAGCUUGAUCCAGCUGGACUCAAGCUUGUGCAGCUCUGGAUAUAUGGAACUUCGAUUGCAGAGCAGAAAAGGAAUAAAUGCCGUACCACCGAGCUCUUCUCUCUAUUUGCUAUCGCGUACCACUUCGACCAAAGAAGUUUACAAGAUGAAACAAUGGAGUGCAUCGUCAAGGAGAUUCGUGAAAGUCGCGAUGAGUCAAGAUUCACGCCAGAGCAUGUCAGAUUUGCGUACGAAACCACUCCCGGAGCAUCAAAGCUCCGAUCUUUCUGUGCCGGAUCUGUGGCUGAAGCCAUGCAAGAAGACAAUCAAUCUAACUGGGAUCGCGAGCAAUUAUCCAUGCUUCUCAUGGCGAUUCCAGAGCUUUACAUUGAUAUCAGCCCUGAUAUUUUCUUUCGAUUUGAGAAUGCGUCAACUGCUACAAACCAUACUAGCUAUGGUUAUCACCAGGGCACUGAAGUUGAUGAUAACAUUCAGCCUGUUGACGAUAAGGUUGAAGGUGAUCAUACUUGCGGCAAUUGCUUUCCCUCGUCUAGCUCUGGUAGUGAUGAAAACAAAUGUGAUAGUCAUGCCGGAAUGGAGCUUGAUAGCUCUGCGGACUCUGGCAGUGAUUCGUCUGGUAAAACACCUGACAGUAUGAGUAUUCAAUACACCUCACCUGAUUCCAAAAGUGGUGAGGAGAGCGGCAAUAACAAGAGGGUUAAGCUUUCCGAUGAUGCAGAUGAAGUUGGCGCUGUGACUCUCAAGAGUCCUGAUCCAAAAGCAAUGACGGUUCGUUUCUAUGGCGAUUCCAGUGGACCCGACCACAAACGGAAGCUAAUCAGAUCCAUCGGCUUGAAUACUCAACUCUAA